AUGGACCGCGCGGUCCAUGCGCCAGCUACCGACAUCGCUUCGGACGCUGUCCACGCGCCUGGGGCCACCAGCACGAACAGCGACAGUCCACAGAAAAGUCCGCCACCUAACGUGCCACACACGGUGCUAACCUCUUCUUGCCAUUCUCCACAGCAGCAGCCACAUGACGACGCAUCCGAGACCACGAGAUCUGAUUCCUCGCCGUCUCUGUCCAGCGACUCUAUCGAGGCCACAAGCGCCGUGCAGCUGCGCCGAUCAUCGUCACUUAAUAAUGCGGUCUUUUCAACAAACGCUGGGGGAUCAGGCAGGAGCUGUAGAAGCCGUCGACGUCAAAGUGGCGACGAGGACGACGAGAAGGACAAUGAUGAUACGUCUACUGAGCUUGUGCUGCAGCUCCAGCGGCUGUGUAGACGCCAGAGACAACGUGCAGAAGAGCGCGCAUUCGUCCGAGAUGUAGAGCGUGUGCUGGCGCUACUAAGGGCUCCAGUACGGACUUCUCGACACGCACAAGUGACGUCGGCGACGUUUCCUGGUCCUGGUAUGUCGCUCGACAUGCUGAGCAGUGUACAGGAAUCUAAAGCAGAUGCUGCAGUUCCUAUCGGGGAUGGACAGGGCCCUUUCACGAGUGACGACUCUAUGUACAGAUCUGGAAGCACCAGGGGAUUCAAUGAACGACGCCCCGCGUCGCGCGUGACGCUCACACUGUCGGAAAUUGAUGCUUUGUUGGAUUGCAUUGUCGACUUGUUCGAGCAUCGGAACCCCGACGUGCGGGCAUUAGCUUUUGAAGUGGUACAACUCUGUGUGCUGCGCUUCGGGGAACGGUUGACACCAGCGCUAAGGAGAAAAGUCUACUUGCGGUUGGAAUCACACCCGCCAAGGGACUUUUUGCUGCGGCAGAAAGUGCUUCGUACCCUCACUCAAGAUGGACGACAUGUGGAACCGUUUCACGUCGAGCUGGGCUGGUUCUUGCUGCGUCUCUUGGAACAGUCAGAUGCGCAAAGAGACUUGCUUGGGCUCAUUCAACUUAUUUUGCGUCGUAGUCCUCGAGCUCUAGAUCGUGACAAGGUGAUUGCAAUCGUGUCGGUCAUCGGCGGACGAUGCGAUGUCGCGUGGAGUCGCAGUGAUUUGGACGCGUGUCACAAGUUUAUUACCUUUUUUCAUGUUUUAGCAACGCAUGAUUUGGCAUAUGCGGCAAGCGCGCCAGCGUGCCUGCGUUCACUAUGUUGCCUGGUCAAUGCAGACGGUCAUGGAACGUGGUCAGUCAUGAAACUGCUACUUACUGGAAGUUCUGGUUUCGUUGUACUGCGAGGAUUGGUGCAAAUGCUAGAGCACCCGAUGGGGGUCAAUUCGCCGUGGGUACUCCGAGGCGCUGUAUUUUUUGUGGGCAUGUCGUGCUGGGGCUCUCAGCGCUUAGCCAAGUUUGACGACACUGCAUGGGGCCCCAUAUUGCUUGCUCUUGAACGAGCUUUGCAAUGUUGUCGGAGAGUGGUCGUGUUUGAGAUAAUUUUGUCUUUACAGCGCCUGAUUAAGAAAUUUGGUGCCGCCCAUCUACCAGCCGGAAGUAGCGGGCAAAGUGCUGCAGUAGCAAUGAACCUUUCGACCGAGGUGUCUCUGCAUUCAGGAGAGAGCAGAGAGGAGGAGAGUAAGGUUAGCUCGGGGCUCGGCACACCAAGCUCAGGUGCUAAUAGAAGCAAACGUUGUUUGAUCGUGGAGUGGGAUAUAAUUUUGCGCAUGCUCCAUACUCUAAGGCCGUGGGCGUCCAUGACGGACGACAGCGAAACAGCCGGAAUUUCUGAGAGAUCUUCACAGCCUAAUAAUCGACGAACAGGUGGAGAUGCAAACUAUCCUGCAGCUAUUUGCUUAGCGAACGACCUGUCCAAUCAACCGCAUCCACAACUGUUGGUGUCUAUCCAACAGACAAGAGUGCCUCGCGAGCUUCUUGACACUCUGCAAGCCGUCGAAGACCUCGUCGAACGCCGUCGCUUUGCAGGCGAUGUAAACGAGUUUCUCAAUAUUCUCGAGCAGUAUUUGCCAUGUCUUUCUGAGGACUCAAUGCUGUUUCUGCUGCGGCAACGUGCUGACGCAACUCAUCCAGGAUACCACUUGACUUGGCUUACAACUUUGUCUAGUGUGAUGCGCACAUUUUUUUCAGGUGUUGGUUCUGACGGUGAUGCUCUAGUGAUACCCAAAGUAGUGCGCCUGGAGGCACUCGAAAUUUUGCGCGUCAAUCUAUGGACAAGUCGCUAUGUGUGCGAGGAUCGUGUAAUCGAGGAAGUGGUGAUUCCAACGCUUGGUCAAGUAUAUAACGAUCCCGAUGCGGAAGUGCGACGUCGUGCCCUCGGAUUCAUCAUCGAGGUGGCGCGUCAAUUGGAAAGUGCAAAGUUUGACUCUUUGCUAGGCAUUCUUGCCAGCGCGAUGGCACUUCCAGGCAACAACGAUGCUCAGCUUUUGGCAGCUUCAGGUGUCGUUUCGCUCUUUUCGUCAGCAUUCGACCAUUUGCCACCGGCGCGCGUUGUUCGUAUGUACGAUCUUCUUGUUACGACAGUAGAAGCUCACGGAAGUCGUGCUGUUCGGCACAUUGCGCUAUCAUGUUUACUGUGUUUAUGUGAAGCGUGUGCAAUUGAUGGUAGACUUCAGUGGAAAGAGGAGCAACGAAUUCGUAAGUCACGCUUCUUGUUUACAUCUCGACGUGCUGCACACAUCAACUCAAGUAGUAUCCAGGUAACGGCAGCACAUGUGCCAGUGGCGCAUGCGUUCCGCGCUCUUCUCACGCUAGUGUCUGCGGAGCCUGAUGCUGAGCUUUUCCGUAUGGCAGUAAAAGGCAUCAAAACCAUGCUCGAAAAUCGUACAAUCUUGGAAGAUGUGGAUGUGAGCGAAGUGUCGGCAAAGAUCGUGGCAAGCAUCGAUUAUGGGGCUUUUGGGAGAGCCGCUAUUGCUGACGAGGUUGGCCGAAUGUUCGGCGACCCUCGCUGUCAGCAAAUGCCAGCCAAUGUCCAUUUGUCGGUCUGUCGAGAUCAAAAGAAUCGGGAGGAACAUGAUGCCGUUGGUCGUUUGAUCUUGCAAACAAACGUGGAGCUCGUGCACUUGAUUUACGCAAAAAGAAGGCAUGAUAACAAUAACAAGAGUGAGACGACGCUUGGCAUAAGUGUGCAGGCUGCAAUGGUGUUACUCGCUAAAACACGAUAUCUUGGCAUGGGAAUCGAAUUGCUGCAGCUUCUCGUGAGCUACGAGUCGGAGCUGCACGAUCACACGCUACGAGAGCUCACGCGAUGCCUAGUAGGUGCGAUGGAAUUACGGCUGGCAGUUGCUGAGAAAGACCUUCUUAUGGGCCAUACGACUGCACACGGCUCGGCCGUAUCGUUGUCAGCGUCAGUGUCAGCUCCAGAUAUGCUGUACCGCCAUGAUGGGGCAGAGCCUGAGCUUCAUAUCACUGACACUUUCGCGUCUGACACACCUCUCGGAUUCACUUCCCGUGUAUUAUCGCGCUUCCAGACUUCCGCUUCUCACGGUAGCCUUUUCCAUGCGUUUUCGGGGUCUACGGGUAAACCAGCGUUGGCGCACAAAUCAGCAUCAGAGUCUGAAAAGCCAAAUGCCCCACGCCCCCACCCAAGUCGCACCAAUCAAGCACGACUACAGGGUCUCUUGCAUCAACUUUUUGACUCGGAGUUUAAAUUGAUGCACACAACGACGACGGUGUUGAGCCUAUUAGCAAUUCUUGCUCCAGCAUCAGUGCUUCGCCAAAUCGAUAAAAUGCUACAAAAUGUGCGCUGCCUGAUCACGACGGUGCACGGCGACUUUCGUUCCGACGCUUUUGUAGCGAUGCUGGAAUUGCUGGGAACUAUCACGCCCAUGCUUCAUACAGGACAAGAAGACACGGCCCGUUCUGCUCGCGAAGCGAUUCUCAAGGCGAUACUACUAGGCUUUGAGUACGCGAAGUCGAAGCAGAUCGUUUACCUUGCCUUCCGACUUUUGUGCCAACUGAUUUAUCAAACAAACUUUAAGGAGCGAUCACGUCUUGCAGCUCUGGCAAUACCGACCUUAGAGCAGUGUACGCAUCGCGCGAACAGCCUUUUGGCAGAAGCGGCUGUCGAUUUCUUGAUGUGCCAUGCGUACUCCCAGUCAAUAUUGGCCUCGUCGGCACUCUGUUCUCGGCAGCAAUCUCAAAGCGAUGAUAGUGGAACGACAGGGAUGUAUGCUGGUUCUCGUCGUACCAGGUCGAGAUCCUGGGUUUACAGAAGGUCACUGCUGACAAUUACAACGAAUUCACACGGGGAUGCGUCAUUGGUUAUUCGCAGGGCUAAUUGCACGAGCAAGUGGGAGCUUGGUGUUGGCCAUGCCGCAUUGGCUUCCUUAUGUCCUCUGUAUGAUGUGCACGAUCAAAGCAAAUGUAGUCACUCCAUCUCUGGUGGAGAUGGAAAGCAACCGAUGGGUAGAAACAUGGACAGAAGUACGGUUUUCCCCCCGCGGCCACUAGAUCUUUUUGACCAUGGAUUGUCUUAUCGGCGUCAAUCACGUUCAUACCUCGAAAGCGAUGCUCGAAAGUUUGCAUGCUUACACGAUGGAGCAGUGCGCAGGUCCAGCAAUGACCGAGUGGAAAAAAACUAUGGAACAGCGGUGGGUAGCAAUAAAACUUGCGAUUUGCCAAAAAGAUCCUCUCUGCAAGAUGCACUAUCUCAUCAGUCGGCUGCAGCAAUCGCAUUGCCAGCGCUACCAGCAUACGAUGACAUUGUCGAGUCACCGUCGCACUGUUGUGAAAGCGGACAAGCUCGGCGUCAUUCGCAGCAAAAGAGCGACUUUCCGGAAUGUAGAACCAAGAGCAAGCAAUACAGGCAAGCGGAAGGAGACGAUGGGCAAGAAGGUCUGUCGUGCAAUUUCGUCACUCGCACGAUACAGGAAGAAGCUGGAGAAAAUGCCGACUUUGAGAGCCGACAAGAAUGUGUGGAGAGUCGACACUGGAAAAAUAAGAAGGAUACGUUUUUGCCCGACAUCAAUUGCAGUGAUGUAUCGGGUCCACCAGCAGUAACGCCGAGAAUUUGGCAAUCAGGUGAAGGUAGUCCCUCUACCGUCGGAAGCGCAUGUGGACUCUUCAAUGAAGACCAGUACGAUCCAAUGUGUUUGAUGAUGCAACUUUUUGAUGUUAGCGUCGAAAACCGUCCACAGUUACUCAGAGAUGGGUCAGCACUGAAGCUGGCGCUCAGCGUGCUGGACCGCACGCCAGAAUAUGAGACGCACAAAAUCGGUCUACUUUAUGUGAGAGACGGUAAACAAUCGUCCGAGUCAACCGUUCUAGGGAAUACCGGUGGAUCGUUGCGUUACUUGCGAUUUUUACGCCGCCUCGGGACGUUCACUAAACUGGAAGGUCUUCCUGGUUAUACGGGAGGGCUUGACACCGUGAACAACAGUGAUGGCAAAUUUGGUCUCAUCUAUAAGGACUCAUGUGCGCAGAUAAUGUUUCACGUGGCCACAAUGAUGGUUCCCCAGAGUUUUCGUUCGGCUAGCAACCCAGCUGCAGAAAACUUCGCCUCGAUGAAAAAGAAACGUCAUAUUGGUAAUGAUUUUGUGCAUGUGGUGUUCAAGGAAUGUGAUGAGGACUACGACUUACGGACAAUAUCUGGGCAGUUUAACGAUGUGCAUAUUGUUAUCCAGCCACUCAAUGACCACGAGUAUCGCACACAGGUACAUGUCAAGCAAGGGAUUUCACCGUUCGGACCGCUUUACGGCAGACAAGUCGUGUCCAGUGCAAUCAUCUCGGAGUGCGUGCGACUCACAUGUAUGAACGCCAAUCUGGCAUGCCAGGUGUUCCACCAAGACCUCAUUGGCUUUGCUUUGAACUGUGAAGAGCGUCUGAAACAAAUCAAGCAACUGGGACUUCGACUUGCCACUUUGGACGAAUGGAAUCUUAACGAAUGA